AGGACAAGGAGUCAAAGGACUGUUGACAUUGCGUCUCCCGGCGGCUCCGACGGAGCACCCACGGGCAAAGACCUUCCUCUGCCCUCCAGCUCCAGCUCCAGGUCCAGCAUAAACAGUACCCUGGGUACCAAGUUAGAAAAUGCAAAGAGACUAUCAAUACAACAGUUGGAAGCCAUCACGGAUAGUUUCUCCCCUGAACGAGUAAUUGGUCGAGGUGGAUACGGAACGGUCUACAAGGGGGUGCAUGGCGAUGGGAAAUAUAUUGCCGUCAAGGUGCUCCAUAAAAACACGACAGGAGCUGACAACGGCCAAUUCAAACAUGAAUUUGAAAACCUGAUGAGGCUCAAGCAUCACAACAUUGUCCAGUUAGUUGGCUACUGCUACGAGACGCAACAUAAGCCAAUGCUGCACGACGGAGAAACCAUUUUUGCUGAAGAUAUAUACAGAGCGCUCUGCUUUGAGUAUAUGCAAAAUGGGAACCUUAGAGAGCAUAUUACUGCGGAAUGUGACGGACUGGAAUGGCACACACGCUACAAAAUUAUCAAGGGAACUUGCGAAGGAUUAAAAUACCUCCAUGAAGAAUUCAAAGAACCACUUUACCACUUGGACCUAAAACCUGAAAACAUACUGCUAGAUGAGAAUAUGGUACCAAAACUUGCUGAUUUUGGUUCGUCGAAGCUCUUUGGCAACGAACUAACCUUGGUUAUCCCACAGAAUCUUGCAGCAACAAUUGGUUACGUGCCGCCCGAAUACUAUUCUCAUCAGGUCGUCUCGAAGAAGUUUGACAUAUUCAGCUUAGGUGUUGUAAUGACAAAGAUAAUUGCAGGUCCGAGAGGCAAUUCCUUAAGUGCUGAGAUGGAUUACCAAGACUUUCUUGAUCAAGUACACGAAAACUGGAGGAAAAGGUUCCAGGAGAAAUGGCAUAAUUCCAAACUACUACAAGCAUACUGCCAACAAGUGAACAUAUGCAUAACAAUAGCACUGAGCUGCAUGGAUUGUGAUAGGUUCAAAAGACCCAGUAUACUGGAUAUUAUCAAUGAACUGAACCAGAGUGAAACUGUAAUCGAAGAGUUGAACCCUGAUCACCGAUGGACAAGGAUAUCAGAUGCAAAUAGAACACCAGCCAUUGAUUCCCAGAAACAAAGUCUUGCGCUAGAAGAAGUGCGCUUUCUCGUAAAUAAUCUGACUUUGGAGAAUAACAGAUUGUGUGAACCCUCAGUUUCUCCAAGAAAAGAAUUUCACCCUAACAUCUUGGAUCUUCCAAGUGAUCAAAGGACAUCCUACCGUGGCCGAAAAUCAACAGAAAUUUUGUUCCCUACACGGUUGCCGAACUCUCCCCCUAGUUCAAGAGGCAAACACUGUCCAAGGUCACAUGUGCAUUCAAUAGCACUUGGGCGCCCAGGAUACCCUACUGCGUGGCAGGAUGAUGCACGGAGCAUAAGCUCACCACACCCACUUCCUCUUCCUCUUCCUCUUCCUCCAGGCGUCCCUUGCACAUCUUCCUGUUUCCUCCAUUCGCAGUGGAAGAAGGGGAAGUUAUUAGGCAGUGGUACAUUUGGGCAAGUAUACCUAGGAGUGAACAGUGAAAGUGGCCAACUGUGUGCAAUUAAAGAGAUUAAGGUUAUUGCUGGCGAUUCAAAGUCAAAAGAGUGUCUGAGGCAGCUAAAUCAGGAAAUUAUGCUCCUAAAUCAUCUUUCUCAUCCAAAUAUUGUGCGGUACUAUGGCAGUGAACUGGUAAAUACAAAAGAAAUGGGUUACUAUGGCAGUGAACUGUCUAGUGAAACACUCUCGCUCUAUCUUGAGUUUGUUUCUGGGGGCUCUAUACGUAAGUUGCUUAGAGAAUAUGGUCCAUUUGAAGAGGCAGUCCUCCGGAAUUACACUGCACAGAUCCUUUCUGGCCUUGCAUACUUGCAUAGGCGGAAUAUAGUGCACAGGGAUAUCAAAGGAGCAAAUGUAUUUGUAAAUUGUAAUGGUGACAUCAAACUCGCAGAUUUCAGUAUGACCAAUCAUAUAUCAGCAGCCACAUCGAUGAGAUCCUUCAAAGGAAACCCUUACUGGAUGGCUCCAGAGGUUAUCAUGAAUACCAAUGCAGAUAGCCUUUCAGUGGACAUUUGGAGCCUUGGCUGCACCAUUCUUGAGAUGGCAAGUGCAAGGCCUCCUUGGAGUCAGUACGAAGGGGUGGCUGCAAUAUUCAAAAUUGCAAACAGCAAAGACAUACCUGGUAUCCCAGAUCAUCUUUCUUCUGAAGCAAAAAGCUUUCUGAAACUCUGUUUGCAGCGUGAUCCUGCUGCGCGUCCGACUGCUGAUCAAUUAAUCGUACAUCCGUGGGUGAAAGACCAAGCAUCAGUUACCAAGGCUCCUGUCAAAUAGUGGUUUAUAUUAGGAAUCUGCUUGUACUCUGUAUGAUAGCCAUCUAUGGGUAGAUGACAUUAUCUCUCAUAUUGGUUACCCUCGAGAUUGAGUUUGGUGUCCUAUAAUUUCUUACCGCUGUGAUUAAAUGUCAGGUAAAGAGAAGCGUGGAGUUGUUGAUAAUAAUCUCAGGAUGAGAAACGUAGCAGUGCCAGUGAGAUAUCAACUCGCAGGGUCUCUGCCAUCAGCGCAUCCAAUGUGCGGAUGAACAUGUCCCUUCCCGUCUGCCAUGUACAACUCACACGGUUCAAGAAACUAAGAGCACGUAAAUAGCACACUUUACUCAUGGUGGAACCGUGUGUGAUGUACAACCAAAGUACACAUAAGAAUAGAACCGCGGGUGAUGCACUAAAAAUAGCACACUUUUUUAAACAACAGUAGGUUUUAAAUCGUGUGCAAUAGCGCCACAUCUCACCUGAAAAUUGUAUGUGGACCGCAUUCGAUGGUAUCAUACAUGGCAGACAUUAACAAUCGAA